UUCCACAAAGCAGCAUAUUUUGGUGAUCUGGACACAGCGGAGGCGUUGCUGUUACAUAACAAAAAUGUCGUAGACAGCAGAGACAGGAAGAACAGGACUGCCCUGCACUUGGCCUGCACCACCGGCCAGUCAGCAGUGGUGAGUCUCCUCAUACACUGGGAUUGUGACCUGAAUGCUCGUGACGAGGAAAGCAAGACAGCUCUCAUGAAGGCUGUACAAUGCCAGAAAGAAGUAUGUGUCACCGUCCUGCUGGAAUACAAAGCUGACCCAAAUCUUGAGGACAACUGUCAAAACACUGCUCUCCAUUACGCCGUCUUGGCUGGAGAUACGUCAAUUGCAGCAAAGCUGCUCCGCUAUAAUGCAAAUAUCGAGGCGAUAGACAAGGAUAACUUCACACCACUUUUACUCGCCAUCACUGAGGAGAGCUUACCUUCUUCGCAUACUGGAGCAGAGAAUAUCCAAGAAAAGUUGCAAUUGUCCGGCAAGGACGACGAAGAAGAAAUGGUUGUCGAGUUGGGAACCAGCAAUGGCAGCUGCACGGAUUCACCGAAGAAUGUUGAGCAGAAGAAUCCUUCAGACUGGGAUUCUACUAGUUUGAGCCUCAAUAAUGAGGCUGGUCAAAGAGCCGAGCAUUUGAAAGUUGAUAAAUGUUCUUUGGUAUCACAAUCAGUGACCACAAACCAGUCAGCACCCACAGAACUGAGGCAGACGGCCCUAGUAGAUAAAGACCGGAUGACUAUUGAAGCCAUGUCUCUGUCAGAAAAUGCAGCGCUCCGUGGCGUGUGUGAAUCACAGCUGCCAGAGAACAGAAGCAGCAAAGAAGGAUUCCAGGCAUUCUCUGAACACAAAGAGCCCAGUCUUGAAAAAGUUUUUCCAUCUUAUUCCAAGUCUGAGUCAACAGAGUAUGGUUGCCAGCCAUCUUCAAAACUUUAUUUAAAUGAAAAGAAGUUAGAUGAAAAUGAUAAACCAGACACCGAAGAUGUUUUUAACAAAAAUGAGGAGAGUUUUUAUCAUGAUAGAGAAAAUGAAGUAAGGAGCCGAGUUCCCUUUAAAGUGAAAGAAGACCAAGAAUUUGGUACAAAAAGAAUACAAAGAAGGAACCAAAAUACUCACUGGAAAUCAGACAUUGGCCGUGCACCUCAGGUAGGAGUUGGAAUUUUACAAAAAUUGUUGGUUUUUAAAAUAUCAGUAGAAUUAGUUUAUAAAACUUGGCUUUCUUAUGGAUUGUUUUACAGUAGCUGUCCUGGCUUGUAUAUGACAGAAGUAAAGAAGAAUGAAAGCGGAAAACGGACAUUAAAAGCAUCUGUGACUUCGUGUGUAUUUGAGAAGACUGCCUCGCUGGCUGGUGGUCUCCUACACGUGAAUGGCAACAGCAGUUUAAGUGAAGGAGAUCAAGGUUGUGGCAGGUCUUCAAAGAAAACGUCUGCUAAAAAGGACCAGGUCAAAGAGCAGAUUAAUUCUGUGGAUGGCCUCGAUGGCUUAACUCUGUCACUGGAAACAGCUUCCAAGGAUUGUGAGUCGCUCUUCCCUAAUUAUAAGAAUACCCUGAGGCUAAUCGAACAACUUGGCCCGGAGAGUAAAGAUUCUGAUAGGUUAUUGAAAAUUCAGGAUCCAGUUCAUUCAUUCAGAUCAAUAGAACUUAAAGAAUCUGACUGUGCACUACUUAGAGGAAAAAUUAAAGAAAUGGAAAAUAAGGUGAACUGGCUACACACAGAGCUGCUGAAAGCAAGAGAAGCAAAAUCACAGUUAAAACUUGAAAAUGUGGAGCGGGAACGAGAGCUCUGCCGCAUGAGAUUCACAUUAGAACAAGAAACAAAGAAGAAGAAAAAUGCUUAUAUAUUAUAUGAAAAAUCUAAGGAUGAUUUAAAAAGAAAAGAGAAACAAUACAAUGAGCAAGUUUCCGUGAACCAACAACUCGAAAUCACUGCCCGAGCACUAGAAUGCGAACUGAAGAGCAUAAGGAAUAAACCAAAUCAGGUUUCAGAAGAGCGAAAUGAUGCUCAGAGACAACUUUCUCGAGAGCAGAAUGCCAGAGUAAUACAAGAUGAAAUCCUGGCCCAUCGUCUUUCCCAACAAAAGGAGACAGAAAAGUCUAAUAAGAAAGUGAAUGCCGAGGACACAACGGAUUUUGAGCUGUCUGGCCCAAAAGGUAGCAGCGAGGUGCUUCCUCAGCAACUUCCUGAAGCUGAACGUCAAUUCCGUGGCCAAGAAAUUGAGCUCCAUCCCAGGAGAGAUGCUCUUGGACCGAUGACGUUGGUAUUACAAUGUGUGCAUAGAGACGGAGGCCAAGCCCAGCGUUCAAACAAGGAAACUGAACCCUUGUCUCAGAGCAAACAAGGGAAAGUCAACAGAUACAUUGGAAAGCAGGCAUUCUUGGAAAAGAGAGUAUAUGAGCUACAAAGUGAAAACAUGUUGCUUCGACAGCAACUGGAAGUUGCUCAGAAUGAAGCCAGAAGUAAAAAGACAAUACUUAAUAUCCCAGAGCCGUUUCCUGAUCACAUGGGAAAACUUGAAGCCAUGAGCAAACGAGUUCUGAUGCUGGAGGAAGGAAACAAGGAAUUAAUCAGUGAAUACAAAUGUUUGAAAGACAGACUGUCUCAGUAUGAAACUGACAGAGCAGAAAUGAAAGCCCAUAUGAGACAGCUUCAACAAGAACUGACUGACACCCGAAAGAAAGUGUCCAUGUUGGAAGCUUCCCUGGAGGUGACAGCACAUCAUCCGACUAAUUCAGAAAACAAGAGACGGGAUGUAGAGAGGAAAUCACAUCCAACUGCGAAUCCGAAUGCUGAUCUUCCAGCAAAAGUGGAAUCUACAUCUUCUGUGCUUCUCUCUCUGAGUGCAGAAACUCAACUUCUUCUAAAGGAGUUAUCUAUGAAAGAGAUGCAAAAGAAAUGUGAAACGCUAGAGGAGAAGAAAUUGGAGGAAGAAGCAGUAAACCUCAGAUGUCACCUCGAAAUGAACACAGUGGAGCGCAGUCAAGUGGAGCAGUACAAACGGGAGACUGAAAAGUGAGAAAGACAGGAUGUAGUAGAAACACUGAAAGAACUCAGCCAGUUUUUACAGGUACAAGCGGCAUCGCAAGAAAACUUGUUAAGAGAGUAUAAACGUGCUUCAGUAAGUCAAAUGGACACAGUUAAAGAUCUGGAACCUGAACUGAAAAGUAAAACUUUUCAGUUUGAUUCUAAUGAAAAAAAAAAAUGGGAAAAAUACAAACGACUAUACCUGGAAGAGCUAGAAAAUAGAAUGUCAUUGGCAAGUCAACUCACCUCGGCUUAUGAGAGGCUGGUAGCGGUGAGCACUGAGCUUCAGCUGGAGCAGCAGCACCAGAGCUCCCUCCUCGGCUCUGUUCCCGUACGGCCUGUUGACGGACCGCCUUCUGCUGCUAGUACUAGCAUGGAGCCCAGGAGUCGUCCUACUCGAAGGAGGAGCUUCAGGAAUUUUUCAGACCCUUCAACUAGCAUGAGCGCUCUGUUCAGGCUUAGUUAUAUUAUCUUUUUUCCCUUGGGUUUCAGAUUUCUGAUACAAUUCUUGUUGUUAAGUUGAUGAAAUUCUGAGUUG